AUGUGCCGAGUCCAUCCGUCCAUAACGUCGACUUGUCCCAUUUGGAAGAUUUCCAAUGCAAAGAACUUUAGCAGAGAUGUCCAAGUCCUUGUUCAGGGUGCAUUGAAAGCAGCUAUCAUUUUCAAGUGGGAACCUAUCAGCCAAAGCAGGUUCAAGAAUCUCAAUCAGUAUUCCUAUAAGCUGGGCAUGGCAAUUAUAUCCAUCAAACAGAUGCAAAACUUAAAUGGAACAUAUGGCGCAGAAAAAAAGUCGGUUCCAACCGAUAUCCUUUCGUUUCCUUGUCAGUUUGACGAGACGUUUUGCCGCCAUGCGAUCGAGGAUCCAAAGUUUAAUGAUGACAAAGAAAUAGAUCUAGGUGACAUAUUCCUAUGUCCAGAAUGGAUCCUUAGAAAGUAUCGAAUUUGCCCUACUGCCUCAUAUGGACAUCAGAUACUGUUGGGCCGUGCCAUGGGAUAUAGGGUUUUGCUCAAGCUGCUUGUGCAUGGGAUCGUGCAUCUGCUUGGUCUUGAUCACUAUAGAACAGCCUCAGAGACCAUUCAAAUGAGGAGAAUAGAAAAGGCGGCCCUUUGCUAUUUUCUGGUUGUUUCCAACAAGACAGGGUAUUUCCGUUCUCGAUCUUUGCCGUCGCUCCAACAGCGGUUCAAUUGGGGUUAUUUGCAUCGAAGUAGCGCCAAAUUUUAA